UAAUCAUCACGUGUCACAAAAGUCAAAAUUAUUAAUUCUCUUCUUCUUUGGACUUUAAUAUGUAGAUUGGAGGAGGAAAGAUCAAAAAGCUAUCUGUUCUUUUGUUAAGAUAUGAGGAAUGCAGAGCUCAUCUUCAUCCCAACACCUACCAUUGGUCAUCUUGUUCCGUUUCUUGAAUUCGCUAGGCGUCUCAUUGAGCAGGAUGCUAGGAUCCGUAUAACCAUCCUCUUGAUGAAGCUGCAAGGUCAGUCUCAUAUGGACUCUUAUGUUAAGUCAAUUGCCUCCUCUCUUCCGUUUGUUAGAUUCAUUGAUGUCCCUGAAUUAGAGGAGAAACCUACACUUGGUACUACACAGUCUGUGGAAGCUUAUGUGUACGAUAUUAUUGAGAGAAAUAUCCCUCUCGUGAGAAACAUAGUCAUGGAUAUCUUAACUUCUCUUGCAUUGGAUGGAGUUAACGUCAAUGGAAUAGUUGCUGACUUGUUCUGUCUCCCCAUGAUUGACGUUGCUAAAGAUGCAAGUCUCCCCUUUCAUGUGUUCUUGACUACAAAUUCUGGAUUCCUAGCUAUGAUGAAGUAUCUAGCAGAUCGACAUUGUAAAGAUACCUCGCUUUUUGUUAAGGAUUCUGGAGAAAUGUUGUCAAUUCCUGGCUUUGUAAACCCUGUUCCAGCUAAAGUUCUGCCUUCAGCUCUGUUUCUUGAAGAUGGUUAUGACGCUUACGUGAAGCUGGCCAUAUUGUUUACCAAGGCUAAGGGAGUUCUAGUGAAUAGCUCCUUUGAUAUUGAGCCUUGCUCUGUGAGUCACUUUCAUCAUGAGCAGAACUACCCUUCUGUUUAUGCUGUUGGCCCUAUAUUUAACCGGAAGGCCCAUCCUCAUCCGGAUCAGGACCUAGCCCGUCGUGAUGAGUUGAUGAAAUGGCUUGAUGAUCAGCCCGAGGCAUCGGUUGUAUUCCUUUGUUUUGGGAGUAUGGGAAAGUUGAGAGGUCCUCUAGUGAAGGAAAUAGCACAUGGACUUGAGCUAUGUCAGUACAGGUUCCUCUGGUCACUACGCACAGAAGAGGUGACAAACGUUGAACUUUUGUUGCCUGAGGGAUUUCUUGACCGUGUCGCUGGCAGGGGAAUGAUAUGCGGUUGGUCACCUCAGGUGGAGAUAUUGGCCCAUAAGGCAGUGGGAGGUUUUGUGUCUCAUUGUGGAUGGAACUCAAUAGUAGAGAGUUUAUGGUUUGGUGUUCCAAUAGUGACAUGGCCAAUGUAUGCAGAGCAACAGCUUAACGCGUUUCUUAUGGUGAAGGAACUGAACCUCGCAGUGGAUAUGAGGCUUGAUUACAGGGCACAUAGCGAUGAACUAGUCAGUGCAAACGAGAUCGAGACAGCGGUUCGUUGUGUAAUGAACAAGGAUAAUAAUGUUGUGAGGAAGAGAGUGAUGGAUAUCUCGAAGAUGGCACGGGAAGCUACGAUGAACGGUGGAUCUUCGUAUUUGGCUAUUGAGAAAUUCAUACAGGACGUGAUAGGAACAAAGCCUUAGCCUUUUCUUAUUCAUAAGCUAUAUAACCUUGUUAUUUUACACUCAAACUUGGUUCUUGAAUCAGCUGCGGAUGAAUCUUGUUUUUAUUGUUGAAUUGAUCUUCUUUUAUUGUUUUUACUCAUCUUCUGACCAAAGUAAGGCCAGGGACACUCGCCUUUGGAAAAUUUGGUGUUUGUAUGAUAUACGUGCGUCUUUAACGAUCA